GAUGUUUUAGGCUUUUAGCCGUCUUCUCACUCCUCCGGCUCCCAUAUCUGUAAACAAUUCGUAGUCCUCAAAGUCGAAGCGAUUGUUCAAGCUCAGAGAUAACCAUGGGUUUCGGAGCCCUAAGAUCCAUCAUUCGACCCGUUUCAAGAGCCUUCUUAUCAACCCGUACCACCUCCAUUUUCUCUCCGGCGACCACCUCGCCGUCUCCGGAUCUGCUCAGGUCACUUCACCGGAAUGUUCCUUGGAUUCCGCCAUCAAGCGCUUUCCAUAGCUUGACUGAAACUAGACUCCCCAAGCGACGGCCCAGUGACAAGCCUCGUCGUAAAAGGGCCAGCUUGAGACCCCCAGGGCCAUAUGCUUGGGUAAAGUAUGUUCCUGGUCAACCCAUACUCCCGAAUAACCCUAACGAGGGGAGUGUCAAACAUAGGAACGAGAAAAAACGAAUCAGACAGCGGCUGGCAUUCAUAUUGGCAGAGAAAAAGAAACGUAAAGCUCAGUUGCAAGAAGCCAAGAGGAAGAAAAACAUAAAAAGGAUAGAGCGAAAGAUGGCUGCAGUCGCUAGGGAAAGAGCCUGGGCAGAAAGACUUGUGGAGUUACAGCGGCUUGAGGAAGAGAAGAAGAAGACAGCCAUGGCUUGACAUGUUCUUCCUUGCAAACUGAAAAAACUAUUUUGGCAUUGCUGCAUAAAACUAUUCUACCAUAAAAGUUGGAAUGUUGAGCCUAGCUUCCCCACUCUUUUCUCCGUUACAGCUCUACUGAUAUUAUGUUAAAAAAAGAUUAUCACUGAACCACACUCUGAAAUUGUGUCCAUUUUUGGUUUAAAAGCCCAAACCAACACAGAUAGACAUUAAUUUUCACCUUUAUUCGUAAUCUGUUGUAAAAAAACAGUAGAAGCAUUAUAACUUAAAGAGUUUCAUAUUUUUUAUGGCUGCC